AUGAAGGCCGUUCACUCCGACUAUAUCGGUACAAGGCCGAAGCACCUCUGGCAUCUUCGGACUUUUCCAAAAGGAAACAGAACUUGUUACACGCUGGAAAAUGUCUCUCCUGGGUCCAAGUAUUUACUUCGGACGUCCUUCUUAUAUGGGAAUUUCGAUGGGUUGAGUUCGUUCCCUCUGUUUGACUUGUACCUGGAGAACACAUUUGCUCAGACGGUAAAUGCUUCGAUUUCAAUGUGGCGGACCUAUGAGUUUAUAGUGAAGGCAAAAAGGAGCUACCUCACACUUUGCCUGUGCAAGACAAAUGAGCAUGACGACCCUUUCAUAUCAGCCAUUGAGCUUCGCACCAUGCCCGAUGCCAUUUAUCAUGUUGUUAAUGCUACGCUGGCUCUCAAAAGGCUGUAUCGAAACAAUUUUGGAACACGGGAUGGCAACUGGUACAGGUACCCGGAUGAUAAAUUGGAUCGCUUCUGGUGGUCCCCGUUGUCCAAGGAUUUGGAUCAUAUUAACACCACAGUGGAUCUAAACUCACCAAGUCUCCACAUCUCAGAAUCUGUUUCUUCAACAGUUAGCCCAUAUGUUCCACCAUCAGUCGUCAUGCAGACUGCUGAUAUCGUUUCAGACCCCAAAAUCGGAAUACAAUGGAGUUCAACAAGUAUCCCACAAGACGCCUUCUUGUUUAUGUGCAUCCAUUUUGCAGAACUGAAAAAACUAGAGCGCAACGAAACCAGAGAAUUCACUAUCACAUUGGAUGCUAAGCCAUGGCAUGAGGCCUUCAGUCCAAUAUAUCAAACUGCCACAAGCAUAUGGUCUCCAGGCAUCUACCAAUCGCAGAACAACCUUGUGGAGUAUACUCCGACCGAACGCUCUACACUUUCACCAAUCGUCAACGCGAUGGAACUUUAUACUGCUCUGCAGUUGUCUGGUUCUACAACCAAGGAUGCUGAUGCCAGCUCUCUGGUGGAUGUUAGGGACAAGUAUCAGAUCACUAAGGUCUGGACAGGGGAUCCUUGUCUACCUCUAAAUUACACAUGGGAAGGUUUGGUUUGCAGCAAUGACACUUCAUCCCCAAGGGUUAUCUCAUUGGAUUUAUCAAACAGUGGAUUAAAUGGUGAAAUCCCCAAAAGUUUAGCAGACCUUUCUGCCAUUGUUAGCUUAAAUUUGUCAGGCAACAAUCUAACAGGCAAUAUACCCAUCUUUCUUGCUACUGAUCUACCACAACUCAGGAUAUUCGUUUCUGUAAAUGGCAGCAGCUGUAAUGCAUCUAUAAGAAAAAGCAAGAUACAAGUAAUUGGCGGAAUAGCAGUUACUGCUGCGGUGCUAGUAGCGCUUGUGUUUUGGCUAGCUGCUUCUAUGGUGACGAAGAGAAGAAAAUCUCCAAAUAAGCUACCAAAUGGUUGCCAGGCAUUCGCUCAUGAGGAAGUGAUAAAGGCUACCGAUAAUUUCAGUAGAAAAAUUGGUGAAGGGGGUUAUGGUCCUGUGUUCCAUGGGCAUCUACAGAGUGGACAAAAUGUGGCUGUGAAGAUACUUUCUAGUAAGUCAAGACAAGGAUCUCAAGAAUUCCAAACUGAGGUGAUUCUUCUUUCAAGGAUUCACCACAAAAAUCUGGUAUCGUUGAUUGGAUACUGUGAUGAGGCUGAAAAUAUGAUCUUGAUUUACGAAUACAUUUCUAGAGGGAACCUCCGGGACAUUUUAUCAGGCCGCUCGGAGGUGAGUUUGGAUUGGAAUCAGAGGCUUAAGGUGGCUUUCGGUGCUGCACAAGGUCUUGAUUACCUACAUUCUGGUUGCAAUCCUGGAAUUAUUCACAGGGAUGUGAAGAGUGCCAAUAUACUCCUGAAUGAGAAGCUUGAAGCUAAGAUUGCAGAUUUUGGCUUGUCCAAGACCGAUUUUCAGGACGGUGUCACCCACGUAUCCACCAAGGUUGUUGGUACUCCUGGAUAUUUGGAUCCAGAAUAUUACUCGACAAAUCGUCUUAAUGAAAAGAGUGAUGUCUUCAGCUUCGGGAUUGUUCUUCUUGAGCUGAUAUGUGGGUUGCAGCCAAUUAUUAUUGAACCAUCAGGAGAAAGGGUUCAUAUUGUUAAUUGGGUUCGUCCAAAGCUGCUGAGAGGGGAUCUUGCAAGUGUUGCAGAUGCACGAUUUUGUAGUGCUUACGAUGCGAGGUCAAUGUGGCAGGUGGCAGAGAUAGCAAUGGAAUGCACAAGCUUAAAAGCUGCAGAAAGACCAGGCAUGAGCACAGUAGUUAGCUAUUUGAAGGAAGCCAUUGAAUCAUAUUUGCUCACUACUGUUUCGGAGGUUGAAUCACCAUCUAAACCUCUGAGAGGUGCAUAUGCUCUUAAUUCGGGAACGGAUACUGAAACUAGUGUUAUUUAUGCUGCUCCAUCGGCAAGAUAG